AGGUUCGCUGUUCACAGAGGGAAGAACAAGAAAAAGAGCGGAACUUUAAGUUUCUAGAACAAAUGUUUCAAGUCGACGAAAUUUGGAGCGACUCCUCUUGGAAAGAUGGUUAAAUUUGCGCGCUGACGUUCACAAGUUUCAUUCAUUAAUUGUAUUUUUUAAGCUUUAUUAUUGCAGGUGCCAUGGCUGAUCCAGGUAUUUAUCUUAUAGGAGUUGAAAUGUUUGUCUGUAUGAUCGUUAACAACAGUAACGAUGAUGACUGUCGGUUCUGCUUAUAAAUCUUAAGCCUGUGAGAGAUUUACUGAUCAUACAGAUGUAAUAACAAACGCUGUGGUUUUACAAUCCGAAAACUUUAAAGAAGGCAUCUCAUGAUCGGAAUUUUCGCCUUCCUAUUAGUUACAAACGUGUGUACAUCUGUAAUGGUGUAAAAUAAUGUGAACCUCUCCGAGCAUCAACAUACUUUUGUGUACGUGCUUAUUGUAGCCUCACUUUGUGCAACAGAGAAAUACUUCACAAACUAUCUCUUUACCCGACUUAAAGCUGUUAUAAUGAGCCUUAAAGUGUAAUUGUUAUUUAUGACCCUUACUAUGUGACAUACAGUUACUUUACUGUGUUAUUUAAUCACUAUUGAAACAAAGUGUUGUCUCUAUAUUUCACAGGACCUAACAAAGACAAUAUCAGAGCUGGAUGCAAGAAAUGUGGAUAUCGUAAGUAAAACUUUAAUUCUUUUUUUUUGUUUGAAUAUUUUUGCACAUCGCUGUUGUUGUCUCUUUAAUAUUAGGGUUCAUUUAUGGUUAAUUUAUGGUCACCCUAACAUACGUAUCUUCAAUGCCGUGCUGAGACAGGGCAGCAGCGGCUGACGACCGGUGGAGAGCAUCGAAUACAUGUGACUCCUUAUAUUUGAUGCCGUCCCCCGUUGACAAAUGUUUAAGUAUGUUGCUGGUGUUUCCACCUUUGCGUGUUAUCAUUGCUCCACAAACAUUACACUUUUGUCGUCUUUCUUGGUAAAAUUAAGCCACGCUUUAGCUCGUUUCUGCCUACUUUGCGGACCGUCUGCCAUGUUUUUUUCUCGGUAUCUGUUCCAGUUUGCAUACACUGGCACUCGCGAGACUGUUUUUCAAGGCACCCGGAAGAAAGGAAUCAUUAAGGGAAUCAUUAGGAUGAAAUGUGAAUGAUGUCGAUUUGAAACCGGUUCUCAACAAGAACUGGUUCUCGAUUCCCAUCCCUAGAUGCAACAUUGAGCAGUAUGAUCAUAAUCAUGUUUGACUGAUCAGUACCUGAUUAUCGGACACUGCUUCACACCUCCCAUAGAGGCUUACAGUCUUAAAAUGUUAGUUCAACAGUGAACAGUUGACUUACCUUGCUGUCACAGUUUAACCCUCUUCUCCUGGGUUUAACUCUCCAGCUGGCCACUUAACCUUCGAGUGUCGAAACUUUGUCCGCGUUGACCCGCAGAAGGACAUUGUUCUGGAUGUGAGCAGCACCAGCAGUGAAGAGAGUGAGGAGGAGGUAGCAACAACUCAGCGCAACGAGAAGCAGAAGCGAGGGGCCCAGCAUCGCAGAGGUAAAUAUUAGGAUCCCUAUAAGCAGGUUUAAAAGAGUGCCGACUGAUUGAUCACGAAGAAUGUUAAAAAAAGAUGAUCAGAGGUGUUUGAAUUUGCUCCUCAAAUAAUUUCUACCUAUUUGAAAUAUUUGAUUGUUGCUGAUUUUAAUCUACAAGCUGCCCUUACUUCAGUUACAAGUGUUGAAACUGUUCUAUCUUCAUUUCCAUAAAGGUGCCAAUGAUGAUGAUGGUGACAAAAAGAAGAAGCGCAGGCGAAAGAAAAGCAGAGACAGAAUGUCAAGAAAGAGGUAAUAUUUUCAAAUGUUCCUAUUGCUUUGGCCACUAAGUACCAACUUUAAUACUUGAAUUGCAGACAUAUGAAAUGGACACUUAAUAAAAGAUGUUCUUCCAUCUACAGUACUUGUGGAAACCAUAAUUUCUCUGCAGAUCUGAAUUUACACAACUUCUCUUAAGCUACGUAGUGAAGCUGUUUAACUCCCCCUAAAAAAGUAGUGUUAAAAAAUUUUGUUUGCUUUUAGCAGCACUUCAUUUUUCCCUUCUAUUUUUACCCCCUAGAUCUGCUUCAUUGUCAAGUGAUGAGGUGACUACAAAGAAGAAAAAGAAACGCAGCAAAUCCUCCUCUUCAUCGGACGAGGAGGAAGGGAGGAAAAAGAAGAAGAAGGUAAAAGGCCACAAGAAGAAAAGCAAAAAGAACCACAGGGAUCACGGGAAGAAUCACAAGAAGAAGUCCAAGAAGAAGAAACAGGAGUCAUCCUCCUCUUCCUCCUCCAGCUCCAGUGAAUCCUCAGACAGUGACUGAUACAAACACACUUUGGAGUGUCUGUUUAUAACAUUUGUUUGACAAAGACACGGUUGAUCGUCGAUAAGGCACCUCAUCUUGCAUCCAUAUGGUAAUAUGAAACUAUUAUAAAACCAGGGAACAUGUUUUGAUAAAGUGUUACUUUUUUCCACCUGCAGUCCUGCUGCCAUGUCUGCAUUGAUACGUUGGUUUUGGUUUUGCUCUUAGACUUAGGUUUACAGUGUACAAUUUUCUUAGACCAUAUGAACUUUUUCUCCAUGUUUAUUAUUUUUUUUUACAUAUUUUAAUUUGUCAAUUAUAAAUUCUGACUUGGGUGACUUGGGUUUUGGUAUGAAAACAAUAACCCCAAGUGUCUGACAGUAUCAGCAGUAAUAUAAUGAAAGGCCAUGUAAGCAGCCAAAAAGGGAGGUUGUAGCAUUUUUGAGUAUGUAGUUACUUGCUGGGAUUGUAUUACAGUACCAUCACCUCCUUGCAAAGUCCCUGUGAGUCAAAAGUAGAGGUAUCCAGUGAUGUGACUACUUUUUCAAAGCGUAAUUUCUGUUAUAUAUCCACCUGCACCUCCUCAAAGCUGCCACAGCUUUUUCAAGAGUUUACUCCAAAACAUUAAUGUGUCUACAUGUUAGGAAGAAUCAUUUGGUGUUUCCUCCUUUUGUGGUUCCCAUUUUAUUUUUGGAAAUAAAAUAUAUAUUUGUAUCAGAAAAUUUCACCUUGAGUUAAGUUUAUUAAAUAACUCAUAUAGUAAACAUUAGAUGUAAUAUCGUGGGUGUGGGAAUUACUCAUGCAGGAUGUAAACCUGCUUUUCUGUCACAGAAACUGCAGUGCAGCACUAUGUCCUGUAGAGGGCAGCAGUGUACUUUUAAAUGUCAAAGAAUUUAUGCAGCAUCCCAAAGAAACAGAUGACAAAUCAGAAAUUGAGACAUUAAAGAUCACUUACCCUAUUGAAGCAAAAUGCACUGCAUCUCAAAUGUAACAGAAAAAAAAUCAUAUCUGUGGGUCAAACAGUCUGCACAAAAUUAACCAUGCUGUGACUUUACAGAAGGGAACCGUGUCAUUAUUUAGUCAGAACAUUUCACAUACUUUAUGGAGGAACACUGUGAUAAUACUGAGUAGAACUGGUUGAGGAUUUCAGUGCAGCAAGAAGCUGGUUCACCGUCAUUUAAAUGUCCUCAGUAAACUUAAUGGGAACAUUUAGAUUUGAUUGUUGCAGCAGCGUGAACUGUUAUAAAAACAAUCACUCUGCACCAAACACUCAUUUUACAUUAUAGCUACUAAAGACCUUUUUUUAUUUUUUAAAGUUGACAAACCCCCAAACUGUAUCUGGCUGCCAACUUCUGUCUUAUUUUUACUGUCUCUGACUUUGGAAUAAUCAGUUGGCAGACUUACAGAGAGGGAGGAAACAUCUUAGAGUGUUACAUAAUACUGAUACUUGAUUGAUUUGCCAAAUUAUCAAAGGUUCCUGAGUAAUAACACCACUUGGCCCAUGCAGUAGAAACAGAGGCACCUGUGUUGGACGUAAAUCUGACUUGCAAAAGUAAGGAUUUUGGAAGUAGGGGUGUGGUAAUUUACAAAUAUUACCUGACAUACACUGUAUACAUUAGUCUUCAGAGCAUCAGCCACACGUUUCACAAAGACAUAAUCAAAACAGUUCAUAUUAAACUCGUUUUCAGAUUGUCAGAGACAGAGCCACGGAGGACUAACUGAGCCACCUCCAAGGAAAACAAUCCCAUUACCUCCUCUUUCGACAGUAUUACAACCUCCGGCUAAUUCGUGAAACUGCAGAAAAAAGAAAAAAAAUAGAUCAUCCCCAACCUUUUAAACUUAAGAUUUUUGGAAGUCAUUUUUUGGUAGAUGUAGCUGUGUGACAGAUGUUUAUAAGUUUGCCGUUAAUUUCACUUUGCCUGGGGGAAGGGGAGAUCCUUUAAAACAUCUGUCACAUCCUGACAGCUACAUGCAUGGCUACUGAGCAAAAUCUGGCAUUGUGACAACAUAUUUUCUGCUUCUUUAUCUCUCUGAGGACCUGAGGCUAGAUUCCCCCUGAAAAAUGAAAUAAAAUAAUAAAAAUCUUUCUCCUACUGGCAGCUAGUUGAGGUAAUAACUUAGUAAAUGAACUCUGGAUGUUGGAUUGAAAUGUAUUAUGAAUGCAGGGGGUAAUGGGCGCUGUUUUCCACUCUAAAUCCUAGUUCUACUCUGGUUCAGUCAUUUCUGAGUAAAAAGAAAGGUCUAAAAUGGUAUUAGUUACCAGGGGGGAGAUGAAAUCUUCCAACAUAUUUAAUCUGUGAUGACAUUCCAGUCAUGUGAGUUAUUAUAGACAUUAAGCUUGCUAACUUUUAGUAACUUGGUAUUCUUGCACUUUCAAGCGUUAGAUGUGCUUUAAUAAAUGUAAACAAAAAAGUUUCUUAACAUUAAUAAAGCCAUGUUUGCUCA